CGCCAUCAUCUUGGGAGGCUGCGGUGGCCGUAGCGGCUCCAACGUGACAAGUGAGAUCCGACGCUCCCAGGUAGGCGGACGCGGCUGUCCGCGCGCACAAGGGCGGGCAGUUGAUCGGCUUGAUGUAUUCGAGGGUCGUUGCAUCUUUCCCAUCUGAUAAUCAGUAACAGUUGGCACAGUCAAAAAAUGGCAUCAGAAGAUAUAACUAAACUUGCAGAAUCACUUGCUAAAACCCAAGUGGGAGGAGGGCAGCUGAGCUUUAAAGGCAAGAGUCUGAAACUCAAUACUGCAGAAGAUGCUAAAGAGGUGAUUAAGGAGAUUGAGGAGUUUGAUGAGCUAGAAGCCCUGCGUCUGGAGGGCAAUACUGUGGGGGUUGAAGCAGCAAAGGUCAUUGCCAAGGCUCUGGAGAAGAAAUCUCAGCUCAAGAGGUGUCAUUGGAGCGAUAUGUUCACUGGAAGACUGAGGUCUGAGAUUCCCCCUGCUUUGAUUUCUCUUGGUGAAGCCCUCAUUUCUGCUGGGUGCCAACUUACAGAGCUGGAUCUGAGUGAUAAUGCCUUCGGACCAGAUGGAGUGCGUGGAUUUGAGGCAUUGCUGAAGAGCCCUGCCUGUUUUACUCUGCAGGAACUCAAGCUAAACAACUGUGGCAUGGGCAUUGGUGGUGGCAAGAUCUUAGCAGGAGCUCUGAAAGAAUGUCACAGGAAAUCAAGUGCUCAAGGCAAGCCGUUGGCUCUGAAAGUAUUUGUGGCUGGCAGGAACCGUCUGGAAAAUGACGGUGCAACUGCUCUCGCUGAGGCAUUCACAGUUAUUGGGACUUUGGAAGAAGUUCAUAUGCCACAGAAUGGAAUAAAUCAUCCAGGAAUUACAGCCUUAGCUCAGGCCUUUGCUGUCAAUCCCUUGCUGAGAGUGAUUAAUUUGAAUGAUAACACUUUCACUGAGAAGGGAGCUGUGGCUAUGGCAGAAACCCUAAAGAAACUCCGCCAAGUGGAAAUGAUCAACUUUGGUGAUUGCCUGGUGCGUUCAAAAGGUGCAGUUGCUAUUGCUGAAGCUGUUAGUGAAGGCCUUCAUAAACUAAAGGAACUCAACUUAUCCUUCUGUGAGAUCAAGCUAGAUGCUGCACUAAUAAUUGCUGAGGCUACUGAGGACAAGUCAGAGCUAGAGAAGUUAGAUCUCAAUGGCAAUUGUUUUGGGGAAGAAGGCUGCGAACAACUCCAGGAGAUUCUUGAAGGCUUCAAUAUGGCAGAGGUCCUAGGCUCCCUGAGUGAUGAUGAAGGAGAAGAUGAGGAAGAGGAGGAGGAAGAGGAAGAGGAAGAGGAGGAAGAUGAAGAGGAGGAGGAGGAGGAGGAGGAGGAAGAGGAAGAAGAGCCACCUCAGGUGCAGGAGAGGGGACAGGGGGAACAAGAACCCCAUACACCUAAAAAAAUCUUAGAGGAACAUGAUUCUACUCCAUUAUCCUCUCCUCCUCUUCCUCCUGUUGACGUUGGCACCUUUCUAGCUUUCCCAUCGCCAGAGAAAUUGUUGCGACUUGGUUCCAAGUGUUCGACUUUGAUAACUCAGCAGACAGACACAUCUGACAUAGAAAAAGUUGUUACUGUUUUCCUUAAGAUCUCUUCUGUCUUCAAAGAUGAGACAGUAGUAAAAACAGCAGUGAAUGAAACAACAGAUGCUUUGAUGAGAGAAGCUUUUUCAUCAGCUAACUUCAAUUCUGAUGCUUUCAUAACAAGUCUUUUGAUUCACAUGGGAUUGCUAAAGAGUGAAGAGAAGAUCAGGGCUGUUCCGAGUCUUUAUGGCCCUCUAAUGACGCUGAACCACAUGGUCCAGCAGGAUUAUUUUCCCAAGUCCCUUGUCCCAAUUCUCUUGGCCUUUGUCACAAAACCUAACCGUGCUUUGGAUUCCUGCUCCUUUGCUCGGCACUUGCUAUUACAGACCCUCCACCAGCUGUAACACUCAGGCCACAGUACACUCCCUCACCCAAAGACUGUCAGGAGAGCACGCUGAGAUGGAGAGCAAAGACCCCAGCACCUUCAGGGGGAAAGGAGCCAGUUUGGUCACGAAGGCAUAAGGGUGUUUGGCUGCCUUCUGCUAUUACAAACUUUGAGGAACUCUGCCAUGUGCUUUUUAUGUUGCUGUUUGUGGUUUUUAAGCUGUCUGUUUCCAAAGUGAACUCUGCCUUCCCUGGAAUCUUUUUUUUCCCUUUUCUCUGAGAUUGGUUUUGUUUUGUUUUGUUUUUCUCAGCUGGCUUUGUCUCAGGUUGCUUUUUUUACCUGGGACUUCUGUUUCUCAUUCAUUGUACUCAAGGGUUAGAACUUACCUAAUAUCUCCAAAUAUAUUGCUUGGACUACUCUUUGGAGGUAACAGCAAAGGUCUGAAGCUUCCUUAUUAGUGCAUUGUACUAUGAGCCUAGUGGGGGUGUUGUUUUCCUCCAGAUGUAGGCCACCACAAGACAUAAUGUUACAAUAUUACUAUUUUUAUUAUUUCUUACUCUUUUGUAGUAAGGCUACGUUUCUGUGGCGAUGUAGCAUAUUUUUCUGACGGAGUAUAUUUCAUGUGGGAUCCUUCACCAUUACUCACUGACAUUUCUGCUAAUAAGACAAUUACUGGUGGCCUGCAAAUGACUGUUAGUGAUACUGCCUUACAAACAUAAACAUGCCUAAUUAAAAUAGGACUGGUUUGGAAUAAAUGUAAGCAAUUUUGACUCUCCUUGGGUUUUUUCCCCCCUUCUUUUUCUCCCUGGUCCUUCUCAAAUGGAAAAAAAAAAUAGUGGGGAUGAAGAAGAGACCUUUAUCAAAAUCAAAUAAUACAACUACUUUUCAGACAUGUUAGUAAAUACCUGUAAGUCUAAUAAGAUCCUGUUGUCCUCCAGUUACCUUUCAUUUUCAUAUUUCAAGAUCUUAGCAUUUUCCUACUUGAUUGUGUCCCUUCUCUUUUAUGAGCUGUUUCAAAGCCUGAACAGAGGAGAUCAUGUUGCAAAUUGUCCUUGAUCAAUGGGUGUUUAUUUGCUUAUUAAAAUUCAGUUAAAAGAAGACAAAUCUCUAGGUGAAUUUCCAUGAAAAAUAGCAAAAUUAGUCAGCUACCAGUCAUUUCUUGAGAUUUGGACAUUGUUCCAUUGUGACUGGGCUGUUUGAACAACAGUGUUUGGAAGUAAGGUAUUAUACUUCAGUAAAUGGUGUUCAGUGAUACACUGUAUGCAUGGAUAACAUCAAUACUGCAAAUGCUAACAUUUCUAAAAGCUCUAUUUUUUUCUUUCCAUUUUGUAGUUUCUUCCAUUUGAGAAAAUGGUUGUUUUCCAGCUGGUGUUUAAAUUUUGUCUCCCAGCUAGAUGGCAGCACCUAGUCAACCAUGGUGAUCUUGCAAAAAACUAAGUGAGAUUCGAUGUGUUAGUACUUAAAUGGGAGUCUAUCAGGAUAAUUCCAGAGGUCUAGGCUAGACUAAAAUUAGAAAAAAAAGGCAGCGGCAGUUUUUUCUAUUGUUACCAAGCAAACUACCUGUGGUCAAGCUUAACUCUUGAUGGAAACUUUCAACUACUGAUUGUUACAGUUGAUAAACUUUAAUUCAUUCUAUUCAAUGAUGUAACAUGAUAGCUUCUUUCCCUCUCCCAUCCUAAAAAAAAUGAUGCAGCAAACCGUUCAUGAAUAAAACAAAGCCCAUUGCAGCAGAACAUGCGUGUUCCCAAAGUGGCCAUCUGAGAUCAGGUGGACCGUGCUCAUUUUAUUUAAUAAAUGGUUUCUAAAGUGGUUGUAAAACUUGCAAAAGAUAAGUUGAAUAAGCAUGCUAAGCGGGACAAUGAACAUCCUGGACAGUUAUAUGUUUAUUAUUUCCACAUCUGUUUCUAUUGCCCUUAUACAAAGGUAUAUUGUAUAGAUUACAAAAGUACUACAAUUCCCCAAAUUUCUUAUUUCUAGAAACGUGUCAGGAAGGGCUACCCAUUUGACCACUGCAUUGCAACAAGCUCCCCACAACCCUUUUUUGCUACAUUUUCCCAACUGCCUUUACAGUACAACUUUGGGAAGGAGGGUGGAAGAUGGGGGAAAUUGACUUUCUCUACCAUAGCUGGAAAAGUAAAGGAAAUGCAAUUUCCUUAAUACAAAUACUCUGUUUAUGCACCUUUUCUAACACUGAAGUUACAGUUUAAUUUAUAGUCCCUCAAGGCUGCCUUUCAGUUAAAAAAAGUAAAAUAAAACAAGACAAAUCUUGGAUCUCCAGCAAACCCUUGGAGUUCAGUCCUGCAUAAACUGAAAUUUAGUCUCAUGUUACAAAAGCCUAACUUGCAACAUUUUUAAAAAAUGAAGUACUACCAAUCUUGCAGUAUUUUUAAUCAAUUGAGCAACUAUAACAUUACUAAACUGCAGGUAAUCUGUGCCUUCAAGUUUUAGUUUAGGCAGUUGAAGAAAUAAACACUAUGAUGGCUUUUCUGCUUGUCUAGUUUAUUAAAACGUAUAUGUCACAUGUUGAUCAAUGUAUAAGUAAUCUAAAUAGAAAUAUUUUUAGCCACUAUCUAAUGCAAAUACAAGUUGACAGAUAAUACUUCUGUUUUGUUCCAGAAGUAAUAAUGUAGCUUUGUUCAAGUAAAUCUUCAAUAAAUGGACAGGAUUGA